CAACAAGGAUAGCAUGUAUCUCUCUGUUAUUUUUAAAAGUCUGUUAACUUAAAUGUGAUACGUAGACAGAAACUAGAGUACUUAUGCUGAAGUGCUGCUUCUGCGGCAUAACUGUUCAUGAUACUUGUAACGCCAUUGAUAUAAGCGAGAUAUCUAUGCGUGCACACUGUGGUCUUCACUAUGUUAAAUGUAACAAAUGACCGUUUAUCGCUUGUAAAAGCAUUCGAGAAGACCAGGAAAAUAGAACUUCUACUAACAGGCUCUUUCGGGGCCGCCGUCAUGGCAGCCGAAAUCAAGCUAAAUCAAUUAGUCACUCAUCUGUCGGAGAUUCGCACCACGCUAAUUGAAAAUCGCAGAUUUAUAGUUGUUCCGGCUGCUGCAGUCCUUGGUUAUGUUCUACUACGGGAUCCAAUCAGGGAUGGAUGUGAUCGUUUUUAUUCGUGGUAUUACGCAAACUACUGUGUCGAAAUAUUUAGAAAAACACUCGGCGGCUUUCGUCAAGAGUUAAAGGAUCAUCUGUCAAGACAACACUGCCAAGAUCCCCAGCCACACAAUGAUACAAGGUUGCGAAUUCUAGAGAUUGGUAUGGGAUCUGGCUUCAACCUGGACUGCUACCCCAAAAGUAGCCGCGUGGUAGGCAUUGAACCAAACCCCUACCUCAUCGACACCUUAUUGGAAAAACAGAAAAGUCACCCUGAACUUGUAAGAGUAAUCCGAGGUUAUGCCGAAGAUCUCGCGGAUAUACAAGACGAAUCUAUCGAUGCUGUAGUCAGCACUCUUGUUCUUUGUUCUGUGCGUGACGUGGAUAAGGCUGUCCAAGAAGCGAAACGAGUCCUUGUUAAGGGCGGACGAUUGUACCUAUUCGAACAUGUGCUAGACAGCUUCGACUUCAAGCGCCGUUUAGCACAGCGUCUUUUGAAUCCCUUUUGGCGCUUUCUUUUUGACGGCUGUGAGAUCUCUCGCGACGUCAAGACAUCCCUUCUCCGUCAUGAAUUCCAGACAAAAGUUAAGCAUAUGAUGUCGAGGUUCAAAGCCGGGCGUAGAAGAACUUCGCUUUGUGCUGGAAGGGGAUGGCGGUCUCAAAUGGCAUACGGAAUGUCGUCAACCAGAGAAGCACUUUCUCAGCUACUAGCUUAUAUACCGAAACUUCGUUCAUCUAUGGUUCAAAGUCGACGCUAUGUCGUCAUUUCCAUCGCUGGUCUUAUGAGCUACUAUGUUCUUCGCGGCUAUAUCAAAGAUCGACUUGAUCGCCAUUUUUUCUUUUUAUACACCGAGACUUACCUUGAAGCCAUCGACCAUGCGCUUCUGAACUUCCGGGAGUCAAUGAAAGAUCUCAUGAUCAAACAGAACGUCAGAAGUCGGCAAGGUAGCGAGGAUGGCGAGCUUCGUAUUCUAGAAAUAGGCAUGGGACCUGGAUCCAGCCUUGAUUUUUUUUCGGAAGAUAGCUACGUUGUAGCAGUGGAACCUAAUCCAUACUUCGUAGAAUUACUUCUGAAGAAACAAAAAAAAUACCAUAAUCUGAAACGCAUAAUUUUGGGAGGUGCUGAAGACCUCUCAAGCAUUGACAACGAGUCAAUCGAUGCUGUUGUCAGUACGCUGGUUCUUUGCUCAGUGCGCCACCUUGACAAAACACUCCAGGAGGUUCAACGAGUUCUCGUCAAGGGUGGGCGUUUCUACUUUUUUGAACAUGUAGCUGACACCGCUUACAGCAAACGUUAUAUCUUUCAAAUCGUUCUUAAUCCAUUCUGGCGAAUUUAUUACGACGGUUGCAAUAUAAAUCGCAAUACCAAAGCAGCUUUAUUGCGCUUCGGAUUUCAGCUGACGGCGGUGACGGAAGGCGAUGGCUUUUUCAACUAUUUCGUCAACAAUUACAUUGAGGGAUAUGCUACUAAAUUAUGAGUGCGCAAAAUAUCACAAAGACCGCAAACUACACAAGGAAUAGUAGAAGCACACUAAUGAGCGUUGUUGGUUUUGUAAAAAAUCAAUAUCGUUGAUUUAAUCGUACUUGGCCCUCAAACUGUGGACCAAGUUGCGGCAUAAACCGAAACAAGAAGGGUUGAAUGUAACUAUCCUAACCAUCCGGCCUAAAACUUACGCAAACCCAGGAAAGGUGUUAUAUAUAUACAACCCUUUGAAAAAUAACGUAAUAAUAAUACACGUUUCAUUUGAUCUAAAUCCAGUAUCACUAAUGGGUUGGAGUUUGUCUAAAAUCGAUGUCGACCUCGAGUCAAUGCGUGUGUUGACAUACCUCUAUAUAUCAACAUUACGCCUUAUGCCUACGCCCCGUCACUUGACACAUUUGAUG